AUGGCGCUCCGUCGACAGUUCUUCAGCACAUCGGUGAAAAGUGCAACAUGUGAGAGGUUGCUCUCCGCUCUCUCCGAAUUUUAUAGGCAGAAGAAUAUUAAUUUGUCACCAAAGCCGUCCCAUAAGAUCUCUCCACACGUCAAACCCGUUACUAUACCAAUCUCAUUACGUUCCAUUUUCUCCGAGUUUAGGUGGCAGAACAAUCCUUCCCUGGUAUCAUUCCUACAGUAUGCUACGUCUGUCGAUGUAUCCUCACUUUCCUCGCUCAGUCUUAAUCCCAACUUUAAAGAUACUGUGUCCUGCCAUGCAGCUGUCCUCCAUGUUUUGACAUCACAUGGAAUCUCGUGUCACGUCCCUAGGAUCUUCAUAUCCAUGACAAAGAUGUGCCGUUCGGUGCAAGAAUCUAUGUUAGUUGCUGAUUUCUAUAGGAGGUUUAAGUCUCAGCUUACCCCCAAAUACUGCCACGCAUUGUUGGAUUUAUUGGCAAAAUAUGAUGUGGUCGUUGAGAUGAAGAAAGUUUAUACAGAAAUUUUGGAGAAAGGUAUGGUCUCUUCUCGGGGUACUUACACACCCAAUCUCAUGAUUGAGUCAUAUUGUAAGCGUGGAUAUGUGGUUGAGUCGAGACAGUAUCUCUGUAAGAUGAUUCAAGCUGGCUUGGCUCCUGAUCUUGUCACGUUUACAUCUUUGGUUCUUGGUCAUUGUAGAAGACACCAUGUGGAAGCUGCUUUUCAUGUUUUCAAUGAGAUGGUAGAUCAUGGGUGUGCACAAUGCUAUGAGAAGCUCAUAUUAGAGAUCUGUGAAGUUAGGAAUCUUGAAAUGGCGGAGAGGGUGUUGGAUCAAAUGCUUAAAGAAGGAAUAAUUCCAAGUGAUAGUGUUUUUAUUACCCUUGUUAACCGUUGGUGCAUGCUUCAAGAGUAUGGAGAAGCUGUGAAGAUUGUGGAAGAUAUGAUUCGUUGUGGUCACUUACUGCCAUUUGAGUAUUGCAAAACGUUGGUUUACAGGUUGUAUGACGUAGGAGAUAAAAGGAGAGCAGGAUCACUUAUAAAGAAGCUGCUUUGCUCUGGCUUUUACCAUGAUGAACUUGCUUGUGAAAACUGGCUUAACAUAGGGCAGAGCGGCUCGUUGCUACACCUUCUCUUUUAUGAGUUGCAACCAUCUUCUGCUUUGUUUUUGUAA